GCGCGGCAAUCGAAGAACGAUAGUCGGGAGGGAAUUUCAAUUCCUUUGUCAUGAAAAUAUUACUUCAGUAGAACAAGUCAACAAAUAGCACUUUGUAACUGCUAUGAUUCAUGUUACAGAAGGCCCUUUGAAUAUAGACCUGUUGCGUGAAAGCUAUCAGAACGAGUUUUUCAGCUACAUCGAUGCUCAACCUUCACCUAAGGUUAUAUAUUGGGAGAAAGAUCUGUUAGCCCAUAUGAGUUCUGUUGUAAACAAUUCGGAUUUGAAAAAACAUGGUGUUAUAAAUUCAUUUCUUCUCCAAUCUGCUAAAGAUUCCUAUUCUCCUUCAGCGUGUAAAUCUGUAAUAUUCAUUAUAAGUCCAAAAGUUAGUAUUAUUGACUCUGUACAAUCAUUUUUAGUAAGAGAUUCACAAUCCAACCAAAGUGCUGGAAAGCAAUAUAGUAUUAUUGCCAUUCCGAGGAUUUCCCUUGCUUGUAAAAGUUUAUUAAAAGAAAAAAAGAUGACCAAUAAAUUUGCCAUGAUAUCUGAAUUUCCCCUAACAAUAGUACCUGUAGAAUGUGAUGUUCUCUCAAUGGAAGAUUCGCAAUGUUUUGCUAAUUACUCCAUUUCCGAACGUCAGGAUGGUGUCUAUCAAUUUGUACAAGGUUUGAUGCGAUUUCAAUCAAUUUUUGGUCUGUUCCCAAAAAUUUAUGCUAAAGGUGAAAAGGCUAUAGGAGUGGCCAAAAUGUUGCGGCGUAUGUCUGAUGAAGCCAAAGUUACAAAUGAACAUCAACCAUCAGUCACUGCAUUAGAUGAAAUUGAAAGCCAAACUGAAUUAUUAAUUCUUAUUGAUCGAGCUGUUGAUCCUUUAACUCCUUUGUUAAAUCAGUUAACGUAUGCGGGACUAGUUGAUGAGAAAUGGGGUAUUCGUUUUGGUAUUUGUCGACCAUGUUUUCAAUCUGAAAAUGAAUCUUCCAAAAAAUUCUUAUUAAAUUCUUCAGAUUUAGUAUAUACUGAAAUAAGAGAUCGAAAAUUUUCUGAAGUUGGUUUAAUUCUAUCAAAAAUUACUAAAGAAAUUUCUACACUUGUUACCCAAUCCAAGUCAGCCAAAGAACUAACCGAUUUACGCGUUGCCGUUAGUCGGAUUCCCGAAAUUCGCUCAAAACAAUCACAGCUGGAGAUACAUACUUCACUCGCAGAAGAAAUACAAAAAUAUGUGAGCACUGAUGAUUUCUUAUCAAUUUUAAGAGCUCAGCAGGAUUUUAUUAAUGGCUACGAAACAGAUAAAGCACAUCCUUUCAUUGAAGAAUGUAUUUUGAGAGGUGCACCUAUUGAAGAGGUUCUUCGUCUAAUUUGCAUUCAAUCAUUUUGUAAUGGAGGCUUAAAGCAACGACUUUUAGACUAUUAUAAAAAUGAAAUAAUACAAGUCUACGGUUUUGAGCAUAUUUUCACACUGGAUAAUUUGGAGCGUGUAGGUUUGCUUUAUGAAUCUCCUAAUAGUCUAAUGAGUAGUAUACAAACAUCAAGUUUCACACCCCAAGAAAAAAUCAAUUCAAGAAAUAAUAGCCUGUCAUCGUCAAAGUUGUCAGCGAACCUAAAACAAACAAUUAUUAACAUAAGUACUAGUUAUAAUUCAGUACUAAAAGGAAACCUACGCCUUGUUGUACCGCCUAAUUCCAAUUCAGUGAAUGACUCUGAGCAAGCAGCAUCUAGUUUGUUUUCCGGUUAUAUCCCUAUAUCUAUUCGUCUUAUUCAAAUAUGGACAAACGAUUGGUAUCCUAAACCUAAUCUAUCAUUAACAAGUAGAGGUAUAACAGAUCAAACUACGUUCACCGGUGGCGGUUCGGGGGCUUUUUUACUGUCUAAGGCUACACGUAUAGUUUCAGGCCUUAGAUCUUCAGAGAGUUUGGAAAUGUCUGUGUUACCAGAGUCUAAUGAGCGCAAUGUACCUGAAUUAAACAGUCGUGUAACAUUAACACCGACGGCAGAGAAAACUGGUGGUUUUCUUCCGAACAAUUCGUUAACUGCAACUUCUAGUCGUACAACAUCUUCACUGACUAACUUAAUAUGUGCUCCAGAAUUUAAAGUACAACUACCAGUUAGAGAUGAUUUACCUUUCGCGUCCAAAAACGGUUGUUUAAAUAUGAAAAAUCAUCCAAAUAAACCACGUAUUGUAGUCGUUGGUUUUGUUGGCGGUGUGAGUCAUGCAGAAAUAUCAGCUUUAAGAACUAUAGCUGCUAGUGAAGAUGCAAAUGUUGAAUUUGUUAUUAUUACAACAGGAUUUAUAACAGCACAAUCGUUUAUUGGUUCUCUUUGUCAACCGGUUAAAUCAACUAAUCUGAUUCCAUUUUGAUUCCCCGCCCCCCCCCUUUUUCUUCUUUAAAUCCUGUUUUAACGGAUGAUCUAAAAAAAAUGUUUUUUUUUCUUUGUUUAUUUUUACAUGAUCAUUUACUUCAAUCAAACAUUCUGAUUAUAUAAUUUCUCUUUUUAAAAAAAACUUUCUUAUUUGUAUGUACAAUAACUAAAAUAGUAGUCGUCGUAGUCCUAGUUGUAGAAGUAGUAGUGGUCGCGGUAGUCCCAGUAGUAGUCGUCGUAGUGUUAGUAGUGGUCGUGGUAGUAGUAGAACUAGUCGUCGUAAUCCUAGUCGAAGUAGUUGUCGUAGUAGUAGUAGUAGUCAUAGUAGCGGAAAUUGAAUUAGAACAAAGUAAAUUCUUAAUUUCAUAAUAACAAUUGAGAACUAGAUGAUCAAAACAUUGAUUUACAGCUUCAGUUAUUUGGUGAUAAAUGAAAUAAGAAAAGAACACGUUAAUAUUUUGCUCAAUGAAGGAUAUUGAUAGUUUCAAAUAAGUUGACUAUUGAGUGGAAAGUUGUAUUUCUGAAGUUUCGUGAGUUAAUGUAAGAC